AUGUCCACAUUCUUUGAUGAAAUGCAAAAGUCAUUUGCCGACGUGAAGAUCACCGACGGCAAAAUCGACACCUCCGAUUUCUUACAAGCCUCCGAAUCACUUGUUAAGUUAUUUGACUUGUUGGGAUCUACUGCAUUUGUCGUGGUUAAAAAUGAUAUGAAUGGUAACAUAGCCAAGAUCCACAAGAAGUUAUUAGAAGACCCAGUGAAUUCAUCCACUUUACAGGAUUUGGUUCUCACUGAAUCGAAAACCAAGACUAAAACUGCCACGCAAGGUUUAUUGUGGUUAUCACGAGGUUUACAAUUCACUGCCCAAGCAAUGAGAGAAACAGUUGACCAACCGACAAAAGAGUUGACAGCAACAUUCACUGAUGCAUACGGUAAAACGUUGUCCAAGUACCAUGGUAUGUUAGUUAAGCCAGUUUUCAAAUUGGCCAUGCAAGCAUGUCCUUAUAGAAAGGAUUUCUUUGCCAAGUUGGGAGCUGACCAAGCUAAAGUUGCUGAACAGUUGAAGGUUUGGUUGGAAGCUUUGGAAAACAUUGUCAAAAUCAUUUUUGACUUCUUUGCAUCAGGCAACUACGGGAAAGGAUUAUAA